AUGCGCGUGAGGGCAUCGCGACAGGCCUGUAAUACUACCGGAUCCUAUUCCUCCUUCACUGGUAUUAAUCCGAAUACUGUGGAGCUUCUAGACGGUUGGGGCAAGCGUGCCGAUGGCACCACAGAUGACGAGACCUUCCUUCGCGGCAUCCAAAUCUCCGAUGAGCAGGGCAUGAUCGAAUUCUUGACCAGAUUCCCUGGUUACUAUGCCUCGCGCUCCAUGCAUGUUCACGUUACGGUUCAAGCCAACGCCACCGACGGCGUUUCCUUCGGCCAGAGUGCGUUGCAACACGUUGGACAGCUCUUCUUCGAGGAAGAUCUUCUAUCGCAGGUUUACGCUGUAAGCCCCUACUCAUCUCAUCUCGAAACCCUAAAUCGUACGAUCAACGCUGAAGACUCGGUUUUGUCCAGCGCCAGCGAGGACGGCUACAACCCCUUCUUGAGCGUCUCACUUCUUGGUGACAGUGUUGAAGACGGGCUCGUUGGUUACAUCACUAUUGGUGUCAACUCUACUGGUGACGGCAUUGCUACAACGGGUACAGAUGUAAACCCUCAAGGUUGGAUUCCGACUGUCUCGGUGGCAACCGGGAAGCUGGCUCAGGCCACUGCUGUUGACCGCGCUGCUGAUUACACUUCUUGA